AUGGGUGCAUUUGUGAGCCCUGAAGUGUGGAUGGAGUUGCUUGGUAGGGAAAAAAUUGAGGUAGAGAAGAACGCUGUAAAUGCUAGUCUGGUUAUUAGCCUGUGUUUUGAUAAUUCUCUUAUUGGGAAUAAGUUUCUUGUAGAGAUGUACAAUUACUUGACAACAGUUUUUCAAGGAAAGAAUGAGGAGGUUUCUGCAGUUACUGUCUACCUAAUUGUAUGCUGCUGGUCACGUCAUGCAAGAAAAGAAACCUCAGGGGUAUAUGGUGAACACCUGAAACUACGAGGGUAUUUGGUGAAUAAAGUCAAACUUCUGGAAUCAUGCAACGCCGUCGACAAAGAGGCGUUACUUCAAUUCAAGCGCGGGAUCGAGUACGAUAGCAGUGGGCAACUAACCACAUGGAAUCCAAACACCGAUUGUUGUACAAGUUGGAACAAUGUCAAUUGUGAUGCUAAUACCGGAAGAGUAGUUAAAAUCGCCCCAUUCCGCCCUUCAAACCCUAUGGAUCUCGAUAUCUCUAUCUUCGUAAAUGGUACAAUUUCCCCUUUUCUAGGCAAUCUUACUUCUCUAACAGAACUUGACCUUGGUCAUUUUCAACAAUUUUACCUUGAUAAUCCGGCUGGAAUUCGAGGUCCAAUACCACCCCAAAUAGGUAAAUUAUCACAGUUAACCUACCUUUCUGUAGCUCAAAACGUGCUUAUUGGUUCAAUACCCGCUUCAUUUGCUAAUCUCCGUCGCCUAAAAACUCUCAACCUUAGCUAUAAUAGAUUGUCCGGUACAAUUCCUUACCUUCUUUUUCAGUCCAUGAAGUCACUCUCGAAUUUAUAUUUAGAACAAAAUAAGCUAUCGGGUUCAAUACCGUCUUCGAUUGUAAAUCUGAUUUCUCUCGGGGGACUUGACCUCACCAAUAAUUCAUUCUCCAGUGAAAUUCCAAUUAGUAUUGGCAAAUUAAAGAACCUCACAUCUAUUCAAUUGUCGUAUAACAAGUUUACAGGGAAGAUACCGGAUUCGUUAAGCGAACUUUCCCAAUUAGAUACUUUAAAACUCGAUCAUAAUAAACUCACUGGAAGUAUUCCGCCAAUGGUGUUGAAUUUGAAGAAGUUGAUUGUUUUCGAUGUGUCAAAUAAUCAGCUUAGUGGAAGAAUUCCUCCUCACAGUUCAAGUUUUCCUGCUUCAGCAUUUUCGGGUAAUGUUGCCCUUUGUGAUUCUCCACUCCCUCCUUGUAAGCGUUGA